ACUGGAUACAUGCAUCCAUUUUUUAUCGCAAAUAAAAUUACAAUAUAACAAUUGUUGGUCUUUUCGUGUAUGAAUUGUAGAAAAUGAACUUUCAAUUCCUAUCAAAAAUCAAAAUAAUGUACUAACAAUAAGCCAGGAAUAUAUACAAUCUUUUUAUAUGAAACUUGAUCAAAUUAAAGACCGUCUGUACUAUAAAUUAAUUGUAAAAAAAUAAAUAAAAAUAAAUAAUAAAAUGAGAAGUAGAUAUUCGAGUCAAUAGGAAAAACCAAUUCAUUGUUAUUAAUCUAUGGGUAAUAAUAUUUAAAUCUUGACAUUUUUAUUAUUGCCUAGCGCAUGAUUUUUAUUUUAAAACAAAAAUCAUAAAUACGAAAAAAUUAAUAAAUCUGAUGUCGUAGGCACGUUUACUGUUAGACCAUAAUCAAAAUCUAUCAGACUUUCAUAUCUAACUUUAACUUUUUCCUUCGAAGAACCUUAACACCAAUCCCAAUUAUCGGAUACAUGCAAACAGAACUUGAGCAUAGACCAAAGGUACUCAAAAUUUAAUUCUUUGUUCUAAUUGUUUAAUAAUAUUCUGCGAUAAGAUAAGAUAAUAUGCUGAGCCAUGUAUCGUAAGUUGCUACCAAACAUUUACUAUAAAAACCGUUAACAUUCUAAUUAAUUUAACAGUUAAAUCUAUUCUAUAAUGUAUCGCGUUUCAAUUUUGUUAGUAGCCCUUGCCGUGGGCAUCGCUAAUGGCAAGGUUCUGCCAACCUCAAGAGUCAGUUUUCCAACUGGCGACAUAAUCAAUGGAGAAGAAGCAGAACCACAUUCGGCACCAUAUAUUGUUUCGCUAAGAAGUUCCGGUUCUCAUUUCUGCGCUGGUUCGAUUAUAGGCCCGGAUCUCGUACUUACCGCAGGUCAUUGUUUAAUAUACAACAAAUUUGACGUCGCCGCUGGACUUCAUGAUCGCAAAAACCUAACUGGUGCUGCUGUCCGGCAUGCUACCUUAAAACGUUCUCGUACACACUCUUUAUUCAGCGGUGGAGUUGGUCCAUAUGAUAUUGGUCUCAUCAAAAUCGAUCCACCAUUUAAAUUCAAUUCUACAGUGAAUAAACUUAAGCUACCGACGCAAGGUAAAAACCAUUCGGGUGACGCAACACUUUUUGGUUGGGGAAAAGUUAAUGAAGUUUCACUACCAAAUAACUUACAAACUGUCGACACAAUAAUUAUUGAGUAUAAAGCAUGCAAAAAGGCUUUACCAUCUGGAUCUCCAAUUCACCCCACCAACAUAUGCUCAAACUCAAACAAAAAUAAUAGGCCAGGCAUAUCCGCUUGUAAUGGAGACUCAGGUGGACCACUUGUUCAAUAUGACAAAAAAGGAAAGGCAGAAUCAGUUGGAAUUGUUUCAUGGGGUUAUGUGCCAUGUGGACAAAAUAACGAUCCAUCAGUAUACACCCACACUUCAGAACACAUCGAUUGGAUCAAGAAAAAUUCAAAUUUUUAAAAGAAUGAUUCAAUAAAUAAAGUGAAUUGUAUUAAAUUCAAA